CCACCUCUCCCUCGAUGACCUUCUCCGUUCGACCUCCCAAUUAGCCACUGAGCGAGCCCUCUACAUGAACAUUCCGGGAGCUAUCUCGUCACCACAGUCGUCAUCGCACGAUAGCUUCAGCGCUGGGCCCCCAUUCGGCCAAUCGGCCGUUGCGCAAGAGCCCUGCAGCUCGCCGGGAAUGAGCCAUCAAUCGUACAGUGGGAGUGAGGGAGACUGGGAACGGGAGUGCAAUUUGAGAGAGCCCGCACAGUACUAUCGGCUUCCAGACAUGGGACUGUCGGACAGCCUGCCGCUCCCUUCUUACCCCCUCGAUGGGAUGAUGAUGAUGUCUGAGCCUCCGUUCAAUGACCCACACCCACCUACGAUUACGUUGCAAGCAGGUUCGGAGCAGACUCGCAGCCGCGGGGUCAAAGGCAAGGCCAGGGAAGGGUACACUGGAAUGAAUAAUAACAAUGGACUGAAAUCCCCCAAUGCGAUGGAAGGACUGACCCCGCUGGAAAUGCCUGACGGGAGCACCCGGUUCACCGCAAAUUGGCUCCCCGUGGACCCUGAAGGGGGCUUCACAAUCCGAGACCCCUCCGUCGACCAUUUCAACCAUCUGAACGAUGACCCUCUGGACAUCGACCCGAUGAUGGAGUGCUAUGCGCAGAAUGCAUUCAUCUCGGUCCCCACGGAUACUGGUUUCCCUUGAGAAACCGAGAGGCAAAACCGAGAUUAGGGAAAAAAUAAUUCAAACCAAGGACUCCCGACCCGAAGAAAAAAAGAUUGCA